CAUCACCACCCCCCAUCCUGCUCUCCCUCCUCCCGUCCCGUUUUCCUCUCUGGUUGCUUGUGUUGCUCCAGAAGCAUCUCAGCCUCUCGCCAAGACGCGCACGACGCACACGGCAGGAUGUCGAUUGUCAGCAUCGUGGCCAGGGAGAUCCUGGACUCCCGAGGGAAUCCCACGGUGGAGGUGGACCUACGCACCGACAAAGGAGUCUUUCGCGCGGCAGUUCCCAGCGGUGCCUCGACGGGCAUCUACGAGGCUUUGGAGCUCAGAGACGACGACAAGAGCAGAUACAAGGGAAAAGGGGUCCUGAAGGCUGUCGGACAUAUCAAUGACACGUUGGGUCCUGCGCUUAUCGCUUCUGGCAUCGGCGUGGUGGAGCAGGAGCGGCUGGACAACCUGAUGAUCGAGAUGGACGGCACAGAAAACAAAUCUCAGUUCGGGGCCAACGCCAUCCUGGGCGUGUCGCUGGCCAUCUGCAAGGCGGGCGCUGCCCACAAGGACGUCCCCCUAUACCGACACAUCGCCGACCUGGCCGGGAACACGGAAAUGGUUCUGCCUGUGCCAGCGUUCAACGUGAUCAACGGAGGUUCUCACGCCGGCAACAAACUGGCCAUGCAGGAGUUCAUGGUGCUUCCUGUGGGCGCCGAGUCCUUCAAGGAGGCGUUGAGGAUAGGCUCGGAGCUCUACCACACGCUGAAGGGCGUCAUCCAGCAGAAGUACGGACAGGACGCCACCAACGUAGGAGACGAGGGAGGAUUUGCGCCCAACAUCCUGGAAAACAGCGAAGCUCUGGACCUUCUUCAGACGGCCAUUGAGAAGGCGGGCUUCACAGACAAGGUGGUGGUGGGCAUGGAUGUGGCCGCCUCUGAGUUCUACCGUGAGGGCAAGUAUGACCUUGACUUCAAGUCCCCACCUGACGCUGGGCGCCACAUCAGCGCAGAGGAGCUGGCCGACAUCUACCAGGGCUUUGUCAACAACUACCCGGUGGUGUCCAUCGAGGACCCGUUUGACCAGGACGACUGGGAGGCCUGGUCCCGUCUGACGGCUCGCGUGGGCAUCCAGGUGGUGGGCGACGACCUGACGGUGACCAACCCCAAGCGCAUUGAGAAGGCGGCCGAGGAACGCGCCUGCAACUGCCUGCUACUCAAAGUCAACCAGAUCGGCUCCGUCACCGAAGCCAUACAAGCGUGCAAACUGGCCCAGGCCAACGGCUGGGGUGUCAUGGUCAGCCAUCGGUCCGGAGAAACCGAGGACACCUUCAUCGCAGACCUGGUGGUCGGGCUGUGCACUGGACAGAUCAAGACCGGCGCCCCCUGCAGGUCCGAAAGGUUGGCCAAAUAUAACCAGCUCUUGAGGAUCGAGGAGGAGCUGGGGGACCAGGCCCGCUUCGCAGGACACAACUUUAGGAACCCCAGCGUCCUGUGAAAAGCGCACGUGCGCAAGCACGCACGCACACACACACGCACGCACGCUGAGCCAUGUACGAAGGAAAACUCACUCAAGCAAAAACAAGCAAGUUAAAAAAAAAAUGCACUGGACUCUUAUGACGUAAGGGGGAUGAGGCUGUAUGCACCGCACACGCGCCCACACACACACACACUUGCAAGUGGAGUUCAAAAGCCAGCCAUGCUCCGUUAUGCAGUUUUGAAAGUGUACUUUGAAAAGAAAGUGAAGGCUUCUCCUCUCCAUCCUCAUUUUCUCCUUUUCGACUCCACGUGACACUAAGGUCACAUUAAAAAAAAAAACGACUUUGCUAUGCGUGUACUUCCUGUAAGAGAUUUAAAGGAACAAUAUCAGCAAGAAGCAGCAGCUGACGGCACAUGCAAAAGGUGUGAAAUAAAAUCAUUUACAGUUGGA